AGGAAAUCCCUUUAGAUUUUAUCAAUUUGUUCAAUCACCCAUGAAAGAAGUUUGAAAACUGACAUCUAGUAGGAAGCAUGUAUUGAGAUUCAGUCUCAAUACAUGGUUAUGGAUAGCUGGAGUAGCAUUAAUGAGCCAAGACAUCUUCCUAGGCAAAUGCUAGAUCAAUCUGUACUUCCUAGCAAUGUGUUUCCAAUGCAUGAUCCUACAUUUGAGUCUCAUGGUCUGAGCCCUCCCAUGACCUUGAGUGCAUGCUUGGCUGAUAUGCAACAACAGGAGAGACAAAGGCUGCAACUAGUUCAGCUUGAGCAUGAGAAGAAAGCCAACAGGCGCUCUAGAAGCCGGCCUGCUUCAUCCUCCACCCGUCAUCAGGGAAGCAAUUCAAGUGGAUCUCUAAUGAGUACUGCAACUUCCAGGCUCCGUCACAAGAACAAAAUAUUUCAUCCAAACUCCACCACACCUGAACCUGAAACUUGUGAUUCAGAAGGUGCUGAAGAUAAGUGAUGUUGACACUCAUGGGAGGAUUGCUAUUCUAAAG